CCAUUGGUGUUCCCGUAGAGGUUAUUUUGAGGGGUUCGUGCUGUCAGCUGUUGUCUUGAGUCCUUUUGGACCCUCCUCACUUCUCUCUUUCACUCUGAUAAAACUGUGGACUGACUGGUUCAUUGUCCUCCUUUUCUAGCUGAACCCGAACAGACACGUGUGGGCAGACGAUGGAGGGCAGUGACCAGACCUCUGAGAACGCCAAUGAGCAAGUCAAUGGCCCCGAGGAGCAGCCGGUGGACCCCAUGGAGGACUUCAGCCGGCAGCUAGAGGAUAUAAUCAAUACGUAUGGAACAGCAUCCAGCCUGAUGCAGGAGCAGAUCUCCAUCCUGGAGUCUGAGGAGAAAAAGGAAGAGGAGGAGAAAAAGGAAGAGGAGGCAAAGGCUGAUGAAAAGGCUGACCCACAAGAAGCUGGUGCCAGUUCAGAGAAGGAGCAGACAGCUGAUAAGAAACUCCUCAAGGGCCUGGGUAAAGAGGCCGCAUCCUUAUUCCAAAGCCUGAACAAGCUCGGCUCACCAGAAGAGAAAGUGGAAAUGGUGUUGAAGAAAUACACUGAGCUGGUGGAGGAACACAGGACUGAGAAGAAACAGCUGGAGCAGCUUCAGCAGAGACAGGGUCUUCUGGUCAAGCAGAGAGAUCAGCUUCAGUUCGAGCACAGUCGUGCCAUUCUGGCCCGCAGCAAGCUGGAGAUGCUCUGCAGGGAGCUUCAGAGACAUAACAGGACACUGAAGGAGGAGAGUCUGCAAAGGCUGCGGGAGGAUGAAAUGAAGCGGAAGGAGAUCACCGCUCAUUUCCAGAGCACGUUGGUGGACAUUCAGAACCAGAUCGAGCAGCACAGUAACCGCAACAACAAGCUGUGCCAAGAGAACAGUGAGCUGGCCAGCAAACUCAAGACCAUCAUAGAGCAGUAUGAGCGUAGAGAACAGAGUUUAGAGAAGAUCUUCAAACACAGAGAUCUACAGCAGAAGCUGUCUGAUGCCAAGCUGGAAGAAGCCAACAUGCUCCUCAGUCAAGCUGAAGAAAAGCACAAGAGAGAAAAGGAAUAUUUACUCACUCAGGCUGCAGAGUGGAAACUACAGGCUAAAGAGCUGAAAGAGCAGCACACUGUCAUGCAGGCCCAGCUUGUGUUGUACUCACAGAAGUUUGAGGAGUUCCAGAACACACUAGCAAAAAGCAAUGAAAUUUACGUCACCUUCAAACAAGAGAUGGAGAAGAUGACAAAGAAGAUGAAAAAGCUGGAAAAGGAGUCAAGCAUAUGGAAGACGCGGUUUGAAAGCUGCAACAAAGCUCUUGUUGACAUGAUUGAGGAGAGAUCAGAAAAGGCCAAAGAGUUUGAACUCUUCACUUUGAAAAUCGACCGUCUGGAGACUCUGUGCCGAGCACUGCAGAAUGAAAGAAAAAGUUUAUACGAGAAGAUUAAAGAAAUACGCUCCUCAGAAAAGAUGGCUCUAGCACCUGUGCUGGACUUGCCCCAAGUAGAUGAGCUUCCUGAGCUCGCCCAACUUCCUAAGCCGUCUCCCAACCCCAUGUUGACCGCAGAGAUGAAGAGGCUGCGAGACGAGCAGAUCCGUCUGCAGGAGUUUGCGGCAUCCUUGGUGAGUUCUAUACCAGAUGAUGCUGGAGAAUCUGAAAGUGAGGAAGAGGAGACGGCACAAAAGAUUCCAGCGAUUUCUGAGGCUCCCAAACUUGAGUCCACCGAACCAGAGGAUAAACCAGAAUCAACACAAGAGAAACCUUCUACCACAGAAGAAAACAAACCAGAGGUUGUUAGCGUAAACGAAGAGAAGCCAUUAGUACCCACAAAUCCUGAGACGGAAUCCAAACUUCCUCAACCAGAGAUCACUGAACAACAGACAGUCAAACAUGAAUCAGCCAAAGAGGAACCAAGCCAGGAAGAGGCGACAAAAGCAGAAGAGACAGUUGAACAGGAAUCCACUCAGACAAAGCCUGUCAUAAAAGAAGAGAGCAAAGAUGCAGCUGUUAAACCUGAGAUAUCUGAACCAGAGCCGCCCAAACAAGAGCUCCUCGAAGAGCAGCAGCAAAAACCUGUCGUGACAGAAGAGAGCAAAGAUGAAGCAGUUAAAUCUGAGAUAUCUGAACCAAAGCAGCCCAAACAAGAGCCCAUCAAAGUGGAGCAAGGAAAGCCUAUCAUGAAAGAAGAGAGCAAAGAUGAAGCUGUUAAACCUGAGGUACCUAAAGAAGAUCCACCCAAACAAGAGCCCCUCAAAGAGGAACAGCCAAAGCCUGUUGCGAAAGAAGAGAGCAAAGAUGAAGCAGUUAAAUCUGAGAUAUCUCAACCAAAGCAGCCCAAACAAGAGCCCAUCAAAGAGGAGCAAGGAAUGCCUAUCAUGAAAGUACAAAGCAAAAAAGGAGGUGUUAAAUUUGAGUUACCUAAAGAAGAUCCACCCAAACAAGAGCCCAUCAGAGAUGAGCAGCCAAAGCCUGUCGUGAAAGAAGAGAGCAAAGAUGAAGCUGUUAAACCAGAGCUGCCCGAACAAGAGCCCCUCAAAGAGGAGCAACCAAAGCCUGUUAUGAAAGAAGAGGGCAAAAAUGAAGCAGUUAAACCUGAGGUACCUGAAGAAGAGCCACCCAAACAAGAGCCCCUCAAAGAGGAGCAGCCAAAGCCUGUCGUGAAAGAAGAGGGCAGAGAUGAAGCUGUUAAGCCAGAGCCAGAGCCAUCCAAACAAGAGCCCUUCAAAGAGGAGCACGUUGAGAAAGCCGCAGCUGCCUCUGAGGAAGCCAAAGCGCCGGCGACAAAACCUAAAGCCCCAAAAUCCCAAGAGGCCAAAGCGAAGGCCGGCAAAGCCCAGCCUAAAAAACAAGGUUCAGCCAAGAAGAAAGGUCCUGCAAAGGGUCCGAAUAAAAGCUAAGCCGAAAUGCAUUACCAAAGGAGUUUUUCUAUCAUUUCUAGAUCAGUUUGUGUGUGUAGUUAGACAAGUCUUGCUGUUGACAGGUUUGAAGGCCAGUUCACACUGUACUGAUAGAUGCCAAUAAACGGUAACAGACACAUUCGUCAGGUUUUGUCUGAUCAGUGUGUUACCCCUGUCUGCAUCUUUUGGUUUUGGUCUGUGCUUGUUUUUGUCAACUGAAUGUUGUAUCAGCAUUUACUGAGUCUUGGAACGUGACGUAGGCCUACUGUACUUAGUCAACGUUGAUCUGUGUCUGUCUGUGCAGUGUGAAUUUGCCUUAUAAGUUACUACAGACGAUGACAGACUGGUCAUAGGACACGUUCCCUUAUGAAUGUUUACUAGAAGACUGAAUUUCUAGUUUUCUGAGUGUAAUAAGGACUUUUUCCACUUGUAAUACUUUCUCAGAACCUUCAAAUAAACAACUGCUCUUGAAAAUCCUACAAAAUGUUCUCUUUCA